ACAAUCCUGUCUUCUCACUCUCAGACAAUGCUCAGGAGAGGAAACGGCUAGAACUUUACUGUUUGGACUGCCACUGUGCGCUACCUUAAGUCAGAAGGGGGAUACUAUCGCCGAACCACACCACUACCAGGGACUGAGUUUUCUAUUUAUUUGGUAUUUAAUUUGGUCCUCAAGAAGUGGAACCCAUUUGAACCGUCUUAGUUCUGUCUGGGCUUGGCUGUAGUAAGGGUGUUCUGUACUGUACUGUACUGUACUGUACUGUGCAUCUGAGGCUGAGCACCCAUGUACAACAGUAGCUACUCCCAGGCCAAGUUUGGCUUGGAGGCCAGGAGGAAGAUCCAGAAGCCCAGGGGGAAGAGCUGUGGCUACUACAUGAGGGUUGUCUUCUUCUUCUCCUCUCUGAUCCAGUCGCUCAUCAUCGUCAGUCUCAUUCUCUUCCUGGUCUACGGGAGGUCCCCGGACGCGGCAGCUGAGAGCCGGGUCCGAGACCUGGAGAAGAGCUUCAACCGCCUCUCCGUUGACAACAUGAACCUCCGGCAGCAGAAAAAGAAUCUGACGCUUCUCCUGAAUGCCACUCAGACCGACAAGAUGCGCAACAACAAGGAAAUGAUAAAUCUGCGUCAAAUGGCAAACAAAUCUGUCAUAUUCAUCACCCAUCUCAGAGACCAAGCGAAUCAAUGUGAAAACGAUAAGAGAAGCUGUCAACUUAACAUGUGCCGAUGCCCCAGAACCAUGACACCAAUGAUAACACUAAAUGGCAACAACAACAAUAUACAUGAAAACCAGGUCCAGCGGCUAGAGCAAUUGUUAAAGCUAGUGAGCUCCAACUUCAGUCAGACGGUGCAGUUCAUGAGGAUUGAGAUAGAGAACACAGCCAAGGACCGGGACACCCUCACUUUGGAUGCCAUCUCCCUCCGGAGGGACAAGACCUCCCUGCUGAAACAGCUGGAGAGCUACAGGAAGAAGUGCAAGGAGGACUUUGUCCAAUCCCUCGACGGCAUCUCCAACGUCUCCAAAGCCUUCCUGUUGAAGAUCGACACCCUCCUGCCCAAAGUCAGCCCCUUCCUGCUCACCUGUGAGAAGCAGCGCGACCACCUGGACCAGAUCCGCAACAACUGCUCCAGUCUGUCCCGCGAGGUGGAGACCAAGUUCCAGCACUACCUGGACAACGUAGGCUCCCAGGUGUCGGAGAUCCAGGGCCGUAGCGCCAGGCUGCAGGUGGAGAAAGACCAGCUAGCCGAGGACCACAACUGGUGCAGCCAUAACCGCAGCGCCAUGGCCCUGGAGCACCAAGAAAAGUUGCAGAAGACCCAGGAGAAAUACGACCGAGAGAUGGAGAAGCUGCUGACGGGCCGCAUGAGGCUGCAGGGGGACAAGGACCUGGGGGAGACAGCGAUGAAGGUGAAGGAGGGCGAGAUCAAAAUCCUCAACGACAAGAUCCGGAGCCUCAACGCCUCCCUGGCCAACUGUGGCUCCAGGACCGGAAUGGGUAGCCCGGGUGCAACUGGUAACACAGGGAUGGGCUGGGUAGGGCCGAGUGCAACGGGGCAAGGUAACCGGGGGUCAACUGCUGGAACAGGAUCGAUGGCAGGAAUAGGUGGGUGGGGCACAUCUGCAUCUGCAUCUGCAACAGGAAACGGCAAUACAUUUUUUGGCAACACAGGAAUGGGCGGGCCAGGGUCAAGUGCAACAGGAGUGGGUACUAGGGGAUCAGGAGGGACAGGACUGAGUGGUGCCGGGUCAACAUCAGGUGUUGCAAAGAAAAUUGGACCAGGCUUGGGUACCCCCAACAGUUACAGUUUAGCAAAUAUCAAUCAAUACUUACGCGAGCUGCAGCAGUAUUCCAAGCCCAACUCCGGCUCAGAAGUAUCUGGGUAAUCCAUGGCAUCUCCGAUGAAAAGGGAGAAGGAAUGGGAAAACCCAGUCUCCUGAUAUUGAGUUAUGGUAUGUUAAUACACUGAGUGUACAAAACAUUAAGGACACCCGCUCUUUCCAUGACACAGACUGACCAGGUGAAUCCAGGUGAAAGCUCUGAUCCCUUAUUGAUGUCACUUGUUAAAUCCACUUCAAUCUGUGUAGAUUAAGGGGAGGGGACAGGUUAGAGAAGGAUUUUUGAGCCUUGAGACAAUCUAGACACAGAUUGUGUAUGUGUGCCAUUCAGAGGGUGAAGGGGCAAAACAAAAGAUGUAAGUGCCUUUGAAUGGGGUAUGGUAGUAGGUACCGGUUUGUGUCAACAACUGCAAAGCUUCUGGGUUAUUCACCCUCAACAGUUUCCUGUGUGUAUCAACUUGACAGAACUGUGGGAAGCAUUGGAGUCAACAUGGGCCAGCAUGCCUGUGGAAUGCUACCUACACCUUAUAGAGUCCACGCCCCGAAGAAUUGAGGCUGGGGGUGCAACUCAGUGCUGGGAAGGUGUCCUUAAUGUUUUGUACACCCAGUGUAUGUAUAAUAACAUUUCUAUCAGCAGCAGCUGCAUUGUAAUGUAUCAUAAAAGAAGGUCUAUUGCUUCUGUGACAUGUAUUCAAAUUUGUUGCACUUUUGGGGGGCUUGAAUGUCAUUGGUAAACAAAUACGAAUGCAUAUUAUUUGAAUAUGUUGAUUUAGUCAGGAAAAAGGCGUGAAAGUCAUAAAUAAUCUGUUUUUAAUGUACUGUAUGUACUUUUAUUAAAACAAAAGGGUAGUUAUUGUAACUCCGGUUCUAUGAAUGAUGCGUGACGACGUCAGUGUUUAAAAGGCACGACUUUGAAUUCCACACCGCUGAUUUCAGAAACAUGCACCCCAUCCAAGACGGAUGUGAAUUGUUUGUCCCCAUUUGCGUCACCCAUUGUGAGGAUAAUAGUCCCACGGCUGACAGUCCCUCCCCUUCGUCACGUUACAGACAUCACUUACUGGAAGACAAUUUUAUCCGACCAAGAUGUUUAUGUUUAUGUCUGCCAACCUGUCAGACCAAUUGGAGCGGAUGGAAGGGAAAGGUACAAACACUGGUGUAUACAAAACCCAACACUAACAAUACCCCCUGGGCUGGCUGCAGACUAUAUAUUUCCAUACACUUAAUAAGAACAUGAAACAACUCUUCUAAAAAGAACUUUGAGAAACGGAAGGAUAAAGUUAUCCAUCAAAUCUUUAGUAUGUUCUUUCCCCAAAACCAGCCCCUAAAAUAGCCUCGGACACCAAGCAAUGUUUUAUUUUGUUAUUGCUGUGUCUAUGGGAUAUAUAAACUAUUGGAAAUAGUAUCCCAGCAACCCCUUGUCCAAUAAUACAAACACUAACUGUAUCAGUCUAUAACAGCAUUCUUGCCUCAAUGGGAAAGUAUCAUGCUUAAAUUACAUCUAGGAACAUGCCAACCCAGAUAUUAUACAGUAUGCCAUUAGGCCAACAGAUUAUAUCCAAAGCAAUUUACAGUUACACAUGGAUACAUUU